AUGGUGUUUUCGCUCCCUCCAGAGCUUUGCACGGAAAUUUUUAAAAAUCUUGACGUGGGGUCUUUAUACUCUUCUACCUUGGUCAAUCGCACAUGGUGCCGGAAUGCCGUGACAUUAUUAUGGCAGAAUCCACUAGAAUGGGUUUAUUAUGGCGGCCGUCGGUUCAAAACGAUUUCUGUUAUGAAAACAUAUCUUUCUUGUCUGCCAGAAAAAUCUAAAUCCAGACUAUACAAUGCUGGGAUAAAUCUCACAAUUGAGUUUUCAUCAAGACCGACAUUUGAAUACACAUCCUUCUUGAAUAGUCUGAAUUAUAUGACGGUCAUAAAAUCUAUUGAUUAUUUACUUUCGUUAGGCGUCGAAAAGAGGAAAGUCGUUGGAGAUAAUUCGCGAUUGAUUUUCACAGAAUUAUGUGAAUUAUUUUUCAUUCAGUGCAAAUCUCUAAGAUCACUUGAAUACCGAGAGGCAGACAAUGGAAAUUAUAUAGAUUUACCGGUUCUACAUGAGGCAGACACGUUUUUCGCAAACCUACAAAGGUUUUGUUAUCGAGAGAAAAUUCCACCCGAGUUGGCCGACGUCAUAUCCCAAAAGUCAAGUGCACUUGUAAGUCUAGAAGCCCACCAAGGAAUUGACGGGGAGAACGUCAUAAGAUUAAUGAAUAACAAAUUGAGGUUACGUGAAUUGACAAUCACAGGAUUCAAUGAUAUACCAAAAAUCGAUUCGGUGCUUUUGAAACAUUCCAAGAAUCUCCGAAGAGUCAACAUCCGUGGAAGACUGAAUAAAUCUCUGAAGGUUUUUAGUCAGUUCACAAAUCUUGAAGAGUUGUCGCUGAUUUACUCACUACCUGAAAUUCCCGAUGGUCUUUCCCUAAACUUGAUUUUGGCCUAUUCACAAGCAAAGACACAACAUUCAUUAGUACGACUUGUCGAAACAAGAAUAAUCACAAUACAAUCGCGAAAUCAAAGCAAAUAUUCAGAUGGUAAUCAAUCGGUUCUAUCGCACCGCCAAAUUUCGAGAAAAUCAGGUACAACAAAGAUUGUGGAUGUGCAGAGAUCAGCUGUGGCCAUUUCUUAUGCAAUUCAAGUUCAGAUAUUAAGAAAUUAUCUAGAAAAUCGGUUACAAUGUUCCUUGCCAUCGCAAACCCGUCGGCCGGAGAUUUUUGAUAAUUUUUUGAAUUCAAAUUUAACCAAACUCACCAAGCUCGAAAUUAAUCUUAAAGACCAGUGUAUCCAAAAUUUUAUUUAUUUAAUUCAGAAUACCCAAGGGAGCCUUCGAAUAGUUAAUUUAAUAGUUUCUAAUCCAGUAGAUCCCGAGAAUUCGUCAAAAUUAUUCACCACGAUCAUAAAUAAUUGUCCGAAACUCGUUGAAUUCAGUUUAGAAAUUCCAAACGAGUCAAUCAGCGAGAUUCCAAUGCUGUUCGAGAAGUGUCCAUUUCUUGAGGAAAUCUAUUUGCUCGGAAAUCCGAUCGAGAGAGCAGAUAUUAGUGAAUUGUUAUUGUAUGAUUUGGUAUCAAUAAUUCCCUUUAAUUUGAAAAUCCUCAGUUUGGGAUUAUUUUUUUGGACUUAUACAAAGGAAGCCAUUAAUAAUUUUAUGAAAGGUUGUGAAACUAGAUUAAGGAAAAAACCAUAUGAUUUUAUUGUCGGAGAUAAUUUAUCAGAUGACGUUAAAGACGUACUAGAGUUUCAUAAGAUUAGUGGUUUAAUAAAUUUGGUUAAAGGAAAUAAUUGA